AUGCCUAGAAACGGAGUUCAGUACGUUAAUAACGAGGAGCCAGCAUUUAUCCAACAGUUCAAAGAAAAAAUUGGAUAUAAAGAAGGCCCUAGUAUAAAUUCCAAGAGAAACAUGCCCAACUUUGAUGACCAUGAGGAUGAGGAGGAUGAAUAUGCCCCAGAGAAAGAAGAUGAGAAGCCAGUGGUUGUAGUUGUCAAGUCAGGAGAUCUGACUGCAGAGGAAGCACAUGCUGAACAGAAGCUGGUUGAAGAUGGGCCAGCAAGACUGGACGAGAAAAUAACAUUUAAGAAGCCAGUCAAGCGGACAAAGGAACCUCCUGAAGACACUGCAGAAACUGAGGAUGGGAAGAAGAAACCGAAGAAACCAUCUGAUAAAGGGAAACAAUCCUCAGGCAAGAUGACAAAAAACACAAACUUAUUGUCAUUUGGUGAUGAGGACGCUGAUGAAGGUUGA